UCCACAUUACAGCUAGCCCCUGUUCUCAUUUCCUCGUUUCAAUUUUCAACCUCUCUAGCUCCUUCUCCAUCUACCCGUCGUCCUAGCUUAGUUGACGGCGUGCGGCUGAAAUGAAAUCCUCCACUCAUUAUGCGCAGUACUCUUCUCUUCCUCCUCCUCUGCUUCUUCUGCUUCUUCCUUUCUUUCUUCCUGCUGCAUUAAUGCCAAUGCUAGCAGUCUCCAUUUCCAGCGCUGAAGCUCAUCCUGCAGCUGCGGCUAAUAAUUAUACCAACAAUACGAAGAAGGCCAGCUUAGUUAUGAACACAACUGCUGCUGCUGCUGCUGCUGCCGCCUCGUCAGUUUCUGCAAUUCUGGUGUUUGGAGACUCCACGGUAGACCCAGGAAACAAUAACUACGUGGAAACUCUUUUCAAGAGCAACUUCCCUCCUUAUGGCAGAGAUUUCGACUCCCACAUUCCCACCGGCCGGUUCACCAAUGGUCGCCUUGCCACCGACUUUGUCGCUUCGUACAUGGGGUUGAAGGACUACCUGCCGCCGUACUUGGAUCCGACGCUGAGCACGGCGGAGAUGAUGACCGGAGUCAGCUUCGCCUCCGCUGGCUGCGGAUUCGAUCCGCUCACACCUGCCCUCUAUAGUGUAAUAGAGAUAUCAAGGCAACUGGAGUUGUUCAGGGAGUACAAGUGGAGGCUGGAAAUGGGAAUCGGAAAGGAAAACAUGGAAAGGAAAAUCAAGGAAGCUCUGUUCAUUGUUAGCGCCGGCACCAACGACUUCGUCGUGAAUUACUUCACCGUCCCAAUUCGACGGAAGAGCUUCACCGUCUCCAGUUACCAGCAGUUCCUGUUGCAACAAGUACAACAGUUCAUUCAGGGUUUAUGGGAUGAAGGGGCUCGAAAAAUCCUAUUUGCUGGGCUUCCCCCAAUGGGUUGCUUGCCAUUGCUUGUUACUCUUAGGUCGAAUAAUGUCAUUCUAUCUCGCAACUGCCUCGACACUUACUCCACUGUUGCCAGAGAUUACAAUCAAAUGCUUAAAACGUACCUAAGCCAAAUGCAAAAUAGGUUAGCAAAUUAUGGUGCUCGCAUUGCUUACAUCGACUUGUACAAUCCUGUGAUUGACAUGAUCCAAAUGCCAAGAAAAUUCGGGUUUGAUGAGGUUAGCAAAGGCUGUUGUGGAACUGGUUUUCUUGAAGCAUCAUUGUUGUGCAACCCUAAAUCAUAUGUUUGUCCUGAUGCAUCUACGUAUGUGUUCUGGGAUUCUAUACACCCAACUGAAAAGGCAUAUUACAUUAUAUUCUUGGGUCUUCAAUCCACGCUUGAUUCCUUCAUCAAAUAUUAAUUAAUAAGCAUUGGAUGAUUAAACAUUGAUUCAAGUGUUGUAUAUGAUUAAACCCUAUACAAAAUUGUUGGGUUUCUAAAGAAAAGAAAACUCAUGUUUGGACAAAAUAAUAAAAUUGAAAUCCCAAAAGAUUGUUUAUUCUAAUGCAAACAUAUGAUUGCAUGUGAGUACUUAUAUGUACAUGAGGAUUUUACAUCAUUGUUUAAAUGUACUGGAUGAUAUAUUUUUUAAAAAAAAUAUUGAUUAUUCA